AUGCUUAGACGGUUCCUUUUACCCUUAUUUAUCAUUUUCGCUCGAGCGGUUUUCUUUUUUUCGAGCUUCCACUGGGUAAAAUUUGAAGGUAAACGUUCGCCUCGCUGUGAUGCCCCCAUAUUGGUGGUCGCUCCACACUCAUCAUUUCUCGACUCCCUGAUUGUAGUUCUGUUGGGUAUGAACUCAGUUGUGGGCAAAUUAGAAACUGCUGAAUCCAUCACUGGUUGUCUAGUUAAGAUGACACAACCUAUUCUUGUAUCUCGAGAAGACCCAAAAUCUCGGCAAAAUACAAUUUUUGAAAUAAAUAGGCGAUGUAAAUCCUCAGACGGUUGGCCUCAGCUGGUAAUCUUUCCUGAAGGAACAUGUACAAAUCGUUCAUGUCUUAUACGAUUCAAGACCGGUGCCUUCAUUCCUGGUGUUCCUGUCCAGCCUGCUGUUCUUAGAUGGCCCAAUGUUAUUGAAAUCUUCUAUUUGUAUCGUUAG